UCUCCGAGGAGGAGGGUCGUUGUUCUCGGAGGGCUGACUCAACGUGGGGAAACGACGUAACGGAUGCGUUUUAAGCAAAUCAGUUUUAACAAAGGGCUCGAUAACAAAGUUUUGUGAUUUCAGGUAGCCGGAUACCAGAUCAGAAUUUACGGACCUGAGGACCACAGCUAACCUCUGUGAGCGUGCAGACCAACCAAGAAACGGACAGCCCGUAUUCUCUCACACAUGUGCGUUGUGUGCCCAUCAUCGCAUUGGGCCGAGCGCCAUGCCUGGCCGGGACGGCGUGUACCUGUCAGGAGGAAGCGGGGGAAACAGCGGGACGGGACCUGGAAGCAGCGGUGGUGAAGACGGCGGCGUUGUAGGAGGGGUAGCGUCGGGAGCGGGCAGCACUGGGUCUGGAGGAACUGCGGGAGGCGUAGGUAUGGGAGGAGGUGGGGCGCUGGGGAACGGAAGUGGCUGUGGGGCAGGUGGAGGCUCGGGGGGGCAGGGUCCAGGGUCUGGCUUGGACGGCGUCUGCAGGGAUUUCCUGCGCAACGUGUGCAAGCGGGGCAAGCGCUGCCGCUUCCGCCACCCAGACUUCAGCCAGGUGCCGGACGUCGGCGUGCAGAAGAACGAGUUCGUCUUCUGCCACGAUCACCAGAACAAGGAGUGCACGCGCCCCAGCUGCCGCUUUGUGCACGGCUCUAAGGAGGACGAAGACUACUACAAGAAAACAGGGGAGCUCCCACCCAGGCUGCGGAGUAAAGUGGCCGCAGGACUGGGGCUGUCCCCGGCUGAGCUGCCUCACAGUCGGGGCGAGGUGCCCAUCUGCAGAGACUUUCUGAAAGGAGAGUGCCAGCGGGGAAAUAAGUGCAAGUUCCGGCAUGUCCAGAGGGACUACGACUACGACUACGACUACGACCCUGCGGGGGUGGGGGCAGGAGGAGGCAUGGGGACGGGGCUCGGCAUGGCGAGCGUAGGGGGUGUGGGUGGAGGUGGCAUUGGGGGGGGGGCAUCGGGACAUGCAAGUGGAGGAGUAGGGGGAAAUUUGAUGGGGAUGGGGUGCUCAAGCAUGACUGGCUAUAGGGAUCAGGGUAUUUACGGUGGAGGGGGAGGCGCGGGUGGAUUGGGCAGCUCUUUGUCCAUUGGGCUGGCAGGGCCACGGCGCUUUGACCGGGGCCCUUGUCCGGUGUACGAUCCCCUGUUUGAAGGAGGGCUAUUUGAAGGCGGGCCCCUCGAGCCUCCCAUGGACCCGGCUGCUCUGCAGCUGAAGAGACGGAGGCUGGAUGGGCUACGAUUGGCUGACGGAGGCGGGGGCCACUAUGAGCUGGGGGUGCAGGCUGCCUCCCUGCCCCGCCCACUGGAGCACAGGCUGCUGGAAGAAGAGAACGCUCUGCUGAGGAAGCGAGUGGAGGAGCUGAAGAAACAAGUCUCGAAUCUUAUCGCCACCAACGAGAUUCUUCUGGAGCAAAACGCCCAGUUCCGGAGCCAGGCUAAGGUGAUGACGCUGUCCUCCACGCCAGCACCCUCCGAGCAGAGCCUGGCGCCCCCUGUGGGCUCCGUCAGCUCCUACAACCACAGCAUCGCGCAGACCCACACCACACUGAGCACCACUGCCCUGCAGGCACGCCCCGUCACCCAGCAGGACCUGGUGGCCUCGGCCGGUGCACCACCUGCCGCACCCCCGGCCAAUGCUGCACCACCGCCGUCUGCACCCCCGCCCCCACCCCACCUCAACCCCGAGAUCGCCCCGCUCUCUGCCGCGCUGGCCCAGACCAUUGCACAGGGCAUGGCCCCGCCUGUCUCCAUGGCGCCGGUGGCGGUCUCCGUGGCACCCGUGGCUGCAUCCAUGGCACAGCCCCUGCCCGGCAUCACCAUGAGCCAUGCCACCACCCCCAUGGUGUCUUACCCCAUCGCCAGCCAGAGCAUGCGGAUCGCUGCCAUGCCUCACUGAGGCUCUGCCCACCUAUCACAGCCCAGAGUGUUAAAAAGCAAACAACAUCAUCGGAGUUUUGAGGUGUUGACUGGAGCCUGUGGACACAAACUGAGCAGGAGAAGCAUAUCUGGGGGAGGUCUAAAGACCGAUGCUGUCGCCGUUUCCAAACACUGUACUCUGUGUUUGUUGCACUUCUUUUUCACUACAGGUACCAAAAAUAAACACAGAGAGUCAAAUAUUUGAAUUAGAUGUUUGAACAGAAAACAUUUGAAAUGCUUGGCCACACACAAAGGAGCAGGUAAUGCCAGAAGAUUCUAAGUAUAAAUUAUGUUUGGAUUUUAUCAACUUGACCUGAAAAAGCAUAAAGUAGUUCAUAAUGACAGUUCAUAUUUUUCAUUCUUUUAAAAUUUGUUUUGGAUUCUCACUAAAACUGUUGUUGAUAUUGGUAUCACAUGAAACUUUCAAAAUGACUAGACUUCAGCUACAAAUUGUUUUUGUUUUUUUUGUGGUACAUUUUAAUUUGUCUUUGAGUAUUCAGAGAUAUCAACAUAUUUUGGUCUGGUUCUGAUAGCCAUUACAGACAGGAUGAUUAUGGCUGGAGCCAUUCAUCAUUCACUGUGACAGUCUUGGCUUGUCCUUCCACUUCAGUGUGAGUCUGCAUUCUAAAUACAAGCUGUUUUUGUUACCCUCUUCUGUCUGUGCCAUAACCAUAAGAGCUUCAU